GUUCGUUGUCGUUGCAUCAGCCAUUAGAAGAACAGACUUCCAUGCUGCUGCUGGGCUGUUAGCUGAAUUUGGCUCCUCUUUCAUCUAAAGGUAUAGGGAUGGCCUCUCUCUAUGUGUCCGCACACCCUGAUGACUUCAGGAGCAUUUUAUCUCUCAUAGCUGCUGAGUAUUGUCCAUCAUCCCACCCACGGACCACCACAGAGGACCUGCCUGCAUCACUGAAUGCUCGCUCAAGACCAGUUCUGGUGCUGGGUGAUGGGAAAGGUGACUCCAUCCUGAGUGGGGCCAAUGCUGUGGCCUGGUACCUGGCUUCUCAAGGGAAGAGGAUUGGUGCAGAUUCAAAGCAGCAGAGCCAGGUGUGGCAGUGGCUCAGCUUUGCAGACAAUGAGAUCACCCCAUUGUCUUGUGCUGUGGUCUUCCCCCUGCUGGGGGUCGGGGGACUGGACAAGAAGUUGCAGCAAGGUUCGCGUACACAUUUGUUACGUGUUCUGAAGGUUCUCGAUCAGGCCCUGGAACCAACAACCUUCCUGGUGGGAGAGAGCAUCACUCUUGCUGAUAUGGCUGUAGCUACAGCUAUCCUUCUACCAUUUAAAUAUGCACUGGAGCCUCCAGACAGGAAGGUUUUGACCAAUGUUACGAGAUGGUUUACAACCUGCAUCAAUCAACUGCAGUUCCUAAAGGUUUUGGGGAAGGUCCCUCUGUGUGAAAAGAUGGGUCCUGUCAUAUCGAAGACAAUCACCACUGCUGAUGUUAACUGUGCUAAUGCCAGUCCUGCUGCUGAUGCUGCCAGCACCAUAGCUAAUGGCCCUCCAAAGUCAGAAGCUCAGUUGAAGAAAGAGGCCAAGAAGAGAGAAAAGAUGGAAAAAUUCCAACAGAAAAAGGAAAUGGAGAAGAAAAAGAAACAGGCACCGACAGAGAAAAAGGUCAAACCUGAGAAGAAGGAGUUGGGAGUAAUCACAUACAACAUCCCAACUCCACCUGGGGAGAAAAAAGAUGUCAUCAGUCCACUUCCUGAUGCUUACAGUCCCCAGUAUGUAGAAGCUGCCUGGUAUAGCUGGUGGGAGAAACAGGGGUUCUUCAAGCCAGAGUAUGGGAAGAAGAGUAUUAGUGAGCCAAAUCCUCGGGGGAUUUUCAUGAUGUGUAUCCCUCCACCGAAUGUGACUGGAUCGCUUCACCUGGGUCAUGCCCUUACCAAUGCCAUUCAGGAUUGCCUAACCAGAUGGCACAGGAUGCGAGGUGAGACUACCCUGUGGAACCCAGGCUGUGAUCAUGCCGGCAUCGCCACCCAGGUGGUGGUUGAAAAAAAACUGAUGAAGGAGAGAGGUAUGAGCCGCCAUGAUCUAGGAAGAGAAAAUUUCAUCCAGGAAGUGUGGCAGUGGAAGAAUGAGAAAGGUGACCGGAUAUAUCAUCAGUUGAAAAAGCUUGGGUCUUCUCUGGACUGGGACAGAGCGUGCUUCACUAUGGAUCCUAAACUUUCCUAUGCAGUCCAAGAGGCUUUUAUCCGUAUGCACGAUGAAGGAGUGAUUUACAGGAGCAAGAGGCUGGUAAAUUGGUCCUGCACACUGAACUCUGCUAUAUCUGACAUAGAGGUGGAUAAGAAGGAACUGACUGGCAAGACUCUGCUACCUGUGCCUGGUUACAAAGAGAAAGUGGAGUUUGGAGUGUUGGUGUCUUUUGCCUACAAGGUAGAUGGAUCAGACGAGGAAGUGAUUGUGGCCACAACUCGUGUUGAGACGAUGCUGGGAGAUACUGCUGUUGCUGUCCACCCUGCUGACACCAGAUAUCAACACCUGAAGGGGAAAAUGGUUCUGCACCCAUUCUGUGAUCGCAAGAUGCCAAUUGUCUUUGAUGACUUUGUAGACAUGAGUUUUGGGACAGGUGCUGUCAAAAUCACCCCAGCACAUGACCAUAAUGACUAUGAGGUUGGAGAGAGACACAAUCUGCCUUUCAUCAAUAUCUUGGAUGAGAAUGGCUUGCUCAUUAACGUCCCUCCUCCCUUCUUGGGUAUGAAGCGUUUUGAGGCUCGGAAGGCUGUACUUCAGGCUCUCCAGGACAAGGGACAGUUUAAAGAGGUCAAAGAUAACCCUAUGGUGGUUCCAGUCUGCAGCCGUUCCAAGGACAUAGUGGAGCCCUUCCUUAAACCCCAGUGGUAUGUCGACUGCAAAGAUAUGGGCAAACAGGCUGCAGAUGCUGUCAGAGAGGGAAAACUCAAAGUCAUCCCAGACCACCACCUCAAAACCUGGUUCAACUGGAUGGACAACAUCAAGGACUGGUGUAUCUCUCGACAGCUGUGGUGGGGUCACCGCAUUCCUGCUUACUUCAUUACCAUUGAUGAUCCUGCUGUGAAUCCUGGAGAGGACAUGGAUGGUCAUUAUUGGGUGAGUGGGAGAUCAGAAGAAGAAGCCAGAGAAAAGGCUGCAAAACGCUUCAGUGUGUCUGCUGACAAAAUUAGCCUCAGACAGGAUGAAGACGUUUUGGACACUUGGUUCUCAUCUGGCAUUUUCCCGUUCUCAAUCUUUGGGUGGCCUAAUGAGAGCGAGGACUUGGACGUGUUCUACCCCGGCACCUUGCUGGAGACUGGCCAUGACAUCCUCUUCUUCUGGGUUGCUCGCAUGGUGAUGAUGGGCCUUAAACUGACUGGCAAGCUGCCCUUUGAAGAAGUUUAUCUGCAUGCUGUGGUGAGGGAUGCUCAUGGAAGGAAGAUGAGUAAAUCUCUGGGCAAUGUCAUUGACCCUCUGGAUGUCAUUAGUGGGAUCUCCCUGGAGGGCCUUCAUGCUCAGUUGAUGGGCAGUAACUUGGAUCCAGUGGAGGUGGAGAAGGCAAAGCAGGGCCAGAAAUCAGACUAUCCAAAUGGCAUCCCAGAGUGUGGAACAGAUGCUCUCCGGUUUGCCCUUUGUGCCUACACAAGCCAAGGAAGAGAUAUCAACCUGGAUGUCAACCGUAUCCUGGGUUACCGCUACUUCUGCAACAAACUGUGGAAUGCUGUCAAGUUUGCCAUGAAGACACUUGGAGAAAACUUUGUCCCUUCAGAAAAAGCCCAGCUGUGUGGAGAGGAGAGUGUGUCAGACAGGUGGAUUCUGUCCAGACUGUGUGCAGCUGUUGGUCUCUGUGAUGCUGCCUUCAAGGCAUACGACUUCCCUGCCCUCACAACAGCCAUCUACAACUUCUGGCUCUACGAGCUCUGUGACAUCUACCUGGAGAGUGUGAAGCCAGUGUUCAGUAAAGCAGAGGAAGACGAGGCCAGCCAGAGACAAGCCCUGGUGUGCAGACAGACACUUUACACCUGUCUGGAGGUCGGGCUGCGCCUCCUGGCUCCAUUGAUGCCUUUUGUCACAGAGGAACUCUUCCAAAGGUUACCACGACGGCGACCUCAGGAUGAUCCCCCUAGUAUCUGCGUCACACCCUACCCUGAAACUGAAGAGUUCUGCUGGAUCAGCGAGGAGGUCGACCGGAACAUGGAGUUUGUCAUGACUGUGGUCAAGACCAUACGUUCACUCAGGGCUGACUACAACCUGACCAAGACCCGUGCAGACUGUUACCUUCAGUGUAUAGACUCUGCAACGGUGUUCCUGGUGGAGAAAUACAGUCUGCAGAUUCAGACCUUGUCCUACUCGCAGACCGUCGUCCCUCUGACAGGCAAUCAGCCGGUCCCAGAAGGCUGUGCUGUGGCUGUGGCCUCUGAUAGAUGUACUGUCAACCUCAUGCUCAAGGGUCUCAUUGAUGUGGAGAAGGAAGUGUCAAAGUUGGAGUUGAGGAAUGCUGACUUGAGCAAACAGAUGGAGAAACUGAGAGAGAAGAUCGAGAAGAGUGACUACAAGGAGAAGGUGCCAGUGAAAGUGCAGGAGCAGGAUGCUGAGAAGCUACGGCAGAGCCACACUGAACUUGAAAAAGUAAAUGAAGCCAUAGAAAACUUCAGGAAGAUGAUGUAAUGUUUUGUGAUGUCUUUUUUUCUCUUGUUAAUGCAUUAAUUUUCAUAUUUGAUUUAAUAGUUGGUGUAAUAUUGAAGCAACUGAAUAAAGGUGAAGGACAGGUGUCUUGAACA